UUUUGGAAACGCGUAUAAAACUAGCACUUAAAUUCUUCGGUGCGGAGGCGUCGUAAACCCCCUCUUCUGUUCAGAGUCUUGCGCUUUCUCUCUCUCUGCGACUUAAUAGUAGCGAUGGCGACGGUUCCGGAUCAGCUAGUCUGGGAGAUCGUGAAGAGGAACAACUGCUUUCUCGUGAAGGAGUUCGGGCGAGGCAACGCCAGCGUCCAGUUCAGCAAGGAGAGCAACAACCUCUACAAUCUCAACUCCUACAAGCACUCCGGGUUGGCGAACCGAAAGACGGUGACGAUUCAGCCUAGUGGCAAAGAUCAGUCGGUGGCGCUGGCGACGACGAAGACCAAGAAGCAGAACAAGCCGGCGAGUUUGCUUCACAAAUCGGUCAUGAGAAAGGAGUUCCCUCGCAUGGCCAAAGCCGUCACCAAUCAGGUUUCUGAUAACUACUACAGGCCAGAUUUGAAGACGGCAGCCCUUGCCAGGCUUAGCGCCGUCCACAGGAGCCUUAAGGUUUCAAAGUCUGGCCUCAAGAAGAGGAACAGGCAGAAUGUCAAGACCCCUGGUAGGAAGUGAGAUGCUAGGGGACUGAGUUUGUUAUUUCUUAGUUUCGCUCGAGGCUGAAGGAAAAAUAGUUGAAUUUUCAUUUAUGUUUAUCUCUCGAUGUAUGCAAAGAACUACCCCUUUGCCACAAAAGGGAAAACCCAGUUUUUAACAUAAUAUUUUGCCUUAGUUUGUUCUGCUU